AUGGAAUUGAGUACCAGGUUGGGUCUUCCUCCGCCUCCCGUGGCUGAUAGUCGCCAUCAACUUAGCAUCGAGUUUUCAGCUGAUGUCACAUUUUUUGAGUCUCAACCUUUCUUUACAUCAUCUUCUUAUCAUUCUGACAUAUCUGAGGUCUUACCUAUACCUACUUUUGAGGAAUCUACUGUUACUUUUACAUUUCUAUCCACAACGCCACCAGUCUUCCCGAUUUUUGAAGAAUCUGCAGUUACUUCUACGUCUCCACCCAUAGUGCCACCACUCCUGACUUAUCAUCAUGGAUUUGAGCGAAGGCUCCUCAAGAUAUUGAAGACGAAGGAACUCCAGUUGACUGAAGCUGUUAUCACUGCAGGCAAAACUGAUCCAUAUGUUAUUCUAAAACUUGGAGAUAAGGUAAUACGGAGCAAAAGAAACAGUCAAACUACUGUUAUUGGACCUCCUGGAGAGCCUAUAUGGAAUCAGGAUUUUCACAUGUUUGUCACAAACCCCACGAGACAAAAGCUAUAUAUAGAAGCAAAGGAUUCCCUUGGAUUUACAGACUUGAGUAUCGGCUCAAGAGAGGUCGAUCUUGGAUCUCUCGAAGAUACUGUACCAACAGACGUAAUUGUGGUCCUCAAAGGCUGGGGACUACUGGGACCAAGGCCUGUAGGAGAGAUUAUACUGCGACUGACAUAUAAAGCUUAUGUCGAAGAUGAGGAGGAUGAAAAGAUUGAAGCAAGAUCCAUGGAUUUGGAUGCUUCAGAUGAUGAAUUGUCCGACUUCGAUGAACGAGAUACUGCUGUCUAUGAGCAGCUUGGGAAGAGUAUGUCAAGUGGAACAGAUAAAGAAUCAUUUAUGGAUUUAUUAGCAGCAUUAAUUGUCAGCAGGGAAUUCCAAGGGAUUGUGGCAUCUGAAACAGGCAAUGGUAAAUCUGUAGAUGAGUUUAAAACUGGAGUGUCAACAUCAAGACAACAUACUCCUGCUAGAUCUGUAGAGCAAAAGUCUGAUACUUUUCCUGAAAAUUUUGGAGAAUCAGCCCUGUUUUGGCUAGCGAUUAUUACAAGUAUAUCAGUUCUAAUUGCUCUCAAUGUCAGUGGUUCUAGCAUUUUCAAUCCAUGAAUAACGAAACAAAAUAAAACUGAUAGCCCCUGUAACGAAUACAAUAUAGAGCUUCUGCGGGAAUGAUUCUGCCUAACCACACAGUUGUCACCACUCUGGGAUUGCCCGAACAGAAACCUUAUAUUCAAGGUGUGUUUUUCUUCCGAUCCUAUACCUUAACUCACUUUUCCUCAUGCAUUUGUCAUUUAAACUUAUUUCUCUAACUCUUGUUGGAUACCUUUGUCGGCCAUUUGGCUAAGAUCAACUGUAGUAUCUGUUCUUAUCAGUUCCCCUGCCUCUUGCUGUUAUUGGCUUUUCAUUCCUUAAGGGCAUGGCUGUACAUUCUUCAAAUAUGCAAACAACUUUUUUGUUUUUUGGGCUUUUCCUCUCCUCAAGCAAUUUUUUUUAACGAUUCAAUUGUCUUCUGCAAUGCUGAUUUUUUUAC